AAAUUAUUCUGAAUGUAUACUACGUCACGUCGCACAACCGUACAUAUAAACCAUAUUACGGUGACUUUUGUAUCAGUUUAUAAUUCCUGUGACGCAGCACACUCAUAGCUUGGAAGACAUCUCCAGCAAGUACUUGGUUUUGUUGCUGCUGCAGCAGCUACUGUUGUUGUUUGUUGUGUUGUGUAUGGAGGUCAUAUAGAUAUCGUCUGUUUUCCAACUUCAGAUCCAUCCAGCUUCUUUAUAUCAUCCUCAAACAUCAAAAAUUACAGUAAACACCAAUCAUCUUGUCGAUCUCCUAACUACGGGGAGCUCUGAUUAUAUCGAAAUGCCGCCUUCCAACCACAAACAAACGCUCCGUAAGGACUAUCCAUGGACAACUUAUCCGCUUAUAUCAUCUGCUCCCAUGCGCUUAAUCUCAAAACCUGCCUUAGCUUUAGCUGUUUCUAGAGCUGGUGGUUUAGGUUUUCUUGCUGCUGGUACCGAGUGAGCUAACCCUAUUUCAUUAUCUCCAUUUUUUUGUCGCCCAAUUGCUUUUCGUGGAGGGCAUUCCAUAAGUGUGGAGUUUGUCCAUAAAGUCGAGCUCAGCGAGCGGAGAGCCGUUUAACGCAUAGCAUGCUCCAUUCUUAUGACGAUCAUAAACCUUUGAUAUUUUAUUUAACUGGCGUUGACGUUGAACCAAUAACGACCACUGGUUUGUCGUUCGAAAUACCUGUUAUUCUUUAAAAUUCGUACUGUUUUCUAUCCCCAUCUCAACUUAAGCUGCGUUGGACAGAACAUUAUAUGCAAUCAAACUAACAAUACAAACCAUUCAGCCUCUCCACCCUUUCGGAUGAAAUUAGAGAGAUUCAGGAUUCUCUUAGAGACGAGCCCAUUCCUGGCAGUUAUCGAGAUACUCUCCCCAUAGGGAUAGGUUUCAUAGUCUGGGGCUGCGAUCUCGAGCACGUUCUGUCGAUUCUUGCUCCGCUCCCUUUUCCACCUUCAGCAAUAUGGCUGUUCGCACCACAUACUGGCUCAGACUUGCAAGAAUGGACGGAAUCUAUCCGGAAACUCACAGGCAAUCUCACUAAGAUUUGGAUUCAAGUUGGCAGCGUUGCGUCUGCAAUAUCAGCUGCUCACUAUUGUGAUCCCGAUGUUCUCGUUAUUCAGGGUUCUGAUGCCGGCGGUCACGGUCUCACUCAUUCCUCUUCGAUCGUCUCCCUGCUUCCUGAAUGCACAUCCGCAUUACGCUCAAGCGAAUACUCCCACAUACCUCUUAUCGCUGCUGGCGGAAUCGUUGAGUCACGUGGAGCUGCUGCCGCAUUUAUGUUAGGCGCUAGUGGGAUAUGUAUGGGUACACGAUUUUUAGCUUCUUCGGAGGCAGUGAUUCCUACGGGCUACAGAAACGCGAUCUUGGCAGCACAGGAUGGUGGUAUAUCAACCACGAGAACAACACUCUAUGACAAAUUGAGAGGAACAGCAGGCUGGCCAGAAGAAUACAAUGGGAGGGCAGUAGUUAAUAGGAGUUUCUGGGAUGAAAUGAAUGGUAUGAGCAUUGAGCAGAACAAAGAACUUUAUGAAGCAGAAGCGAGGAAAGGAGACGAGGGGUAUGGAAACAAAGGACGAUUGUGUACAUACGCGGGUACUGGGGUUGGUUUAGUCCGAGAGACUAUGGAUGCUGGCGAUAUUGUGACGGAGGUGAGGGAGGGAAUGAGGAAAUUGAUUAGAGAGGGAUCAAGUCGUUUGUAAAGCACGGCAGAUAUCACGAGUUCAAAAUACCCUAUAAUCUGAUACUCCGAGGGUCUGGAUGGAAAACAGAGAAUGGGCGCGGUUUCCCGUCUCAUGCAGGCUUAUGAUUUUCUUAUGGAUACACAUUUUUGCGAUGGGUGGACUUUUGUAUUUAUGAAUUUUCCGCAUUUAAAAAAAACAAUCUUUUUAUCGAAUUUGUAAAUCUAAAAAACUAAUUUUCUAUUGCCAAAAAGACUAUCGAUUAA